AUGAACAUUUGCAAACCAAUUAUAAAUAAACCAAUUUGGAGGCCGGCACGUCUGAUUACAUAUUUGCACUCUGGUCCUCGUAUUAGGGGUAUAAAAAGAGAUCCAGAGUCUUAUUUGAAGAAUCCAAAGGGACUGUCUUACAAUAAUAUUAAAAGUGAUGAAUAUCAACAGACAAUUAGAAAAGCAUUAAACUUAGAGAAAUAUGAUAUUAAUAUGAGUGAUGAUCUGUUAUUACAAUGUUUAACUCAUAAAUCAUUUGCACAUGGGUCAAAACCAUAUAAUGAAAAGUUAUCACUUUUAGGUUCUCAAUUUUUAAAAUAUCAAGCCUCAAUAUAUUCUAUCAACCAAAAAGAUACAACGAAGAAAGAUUCCACAAAUAUUAUAGAAAAUGAUAUCAAUGGUCUAGAUUUCACAAAUUUAGGAACGUCUUUCUCAAAAUUACUGAUCUCCACUGCUGUACUUUCAAAAUUUGUUAAAGAAAAGAAACUAAAUUCAUUAAUCUUUUGGAAAAUGAGGGAUAAUCUUAAAAUAGAUAUGAAAGGUAGUGGUGAACCUCUAGUUUGUAGCACGGUAUUAAAUGCAUUGAUAGGUGGUAUGUUGUCCACAAAUGGUAUACAGAAAACUAAAAAUUUCAUUGAAAAAGAAUUAUUGAACAGAGAAAACGAUAUAUCAUUGAUCAAAUUGGCAAAUGCUCAUUCUGAAAAACACCAAUUAUGA